AGUCAGAUAGCUGUUUGUUGACGUCACGAAACAUGUAUUUCCUAUGAUAAUAAGAUAGUGAAGAUGGUGGAAAUGUUUCUGAUUUAGUGCGAUGCUUGGAGAAAGGUUUGGUUGUUGUUGUUGUGUUUUUUGUAUGAAAUAUGUCCAAAAGUCAUAAUGGAAACAUUCCUUUGCCAAAUGGUUGGGAUAUUGCGUGUGAUUUCGAUGGGAAAAUAUAUUUUAUUGAUCAUAUCAACAAAGAAACAACUUGGCUGGACCCACGCGACAGACUAGUUAGGCCAAAUACAUUUGCGGAUUGUGUUGGAGAUGAACUUCCUUAUGGAUGGGAACAGUGUUAUGACUCAAAAGUUGGAUAUUACUAUGUUAAUCAUGUUACUCAAACCAAUCAAAUUGAAGAUCCACGACAACAGUACAGGCAGCUUCAAGAACAAAUGCUUAAAGACUAUCUUCUCACUGCCCAGGAAGACUUACUAGCAAAACAAGAAAUUUUUGACAUUAAACAACAAAGACUUCUUCAUGCUCAAGAUGAAUAUCAACACCUUCGUGAAGCCCUUCAGUGCCUUAGCACUUGUACAUCUAGUAGUAGUUUGUGUUCUAUGAGCUCCUUCUCAUCAGGUAGCAGUGGAAGAAAAUAUGAUCCCGAACUUCUUAAAGCUGAAGUUGCCCUUGCACACGAACGUGUGGCAAAACUUAAACAGGAACUGUCUCAGAUACGCACUGUGCUCCAUUACAAGGAGCAAGGACUCGAAACUUUAUCAGAUAUAUGUAUAUCAAUGAAGCUUACAAUCACUGAAACACAGUGUUUACAAAGAAUUGGGAGUGCUCAAGUGAGCCUUGCAGAUUUCAAUCCAGACCAGACACUUGCAAAAUGGUACAACAUUUUAAGUUUUCGUUUUAUGCAGUCAGAGUCUCUUUCUGAACGAAAUAAUCAGGUUUGUAAUCAGAAGAAAGCUAGAUGUAAGGCCAAGUGUGUACCCAUUCAGUCUGCUCUUCAUGGGCCAAGUGUGUACCCGUUCAGUCUGCUGUUCAUAGAUCAAGUAUGUACCCGUUCAGUCUGCUGUUCAUGGGCCAAGUAUGUACCCAUUCAGUCUGCUGUUCAUGGGCCAAGUAUGUACCCAUUCAGUCUGCUGUUCAUGGGCCAAGUGGCUCAUCUUGGUGCAAGACUUGCAGAGAUGGCCCGACUGAGGUUCCAAUACGAUGAAAAACGAAAGCAUAUCCAUAGGAUUCAGCAGGAGAUGGCAGACUUGGAGGAUAAGAUGGCUCCGGGGCAGCUUGAAUCUGAUAAAGAUAGGCUUUUGCUUAUCCAAGAGAAGGAACAGUUACUCCAGGAAUUGCGUAGUACUAACAUCACUGGUUGGAAUGAGAAUGCAGUUGCCUCCAUUCAGGAGCAUAUAUGUAAAUUACAAGAAGAUAUAUGCAAUGCUAAGGAGAUUUCGCAUAAAACAAUUGCAGAUCGGUUGAAACUUCAUGAAAAGAAGAAUUUUUUCAUUCAGGAGUUGAGUAAUGCUAUACAACAAAUAACAUUUUUAGAAACCAAGCUUAAAAACUUGUCUGCAAGUACUUUGUCCAUGUCAUCCAGUAGUUCCCUUGGUUCACUCAGUACCAGUUCACUGUCUGCAAGUAGUCUUAGUUUCACUGAUAUCUAUGGACUUCCGAAAUGCUCUGUUGAUCUGUCAGUACAAUGUCACAUUGGGCAAUUGAUGCAAGGAAGUAGCCAGAGCAUUGCUUCAUCUACAGGAGCAUUUGAAGUAUUGUCCUCUUCCCCACCACUUGGUCAAGGUAACAGUGGACCCUCUCUUUCUACACGUUCUUCUCUCUCUUCAAUAUCGCCCCCUAUGUCUCCUUAUGAACCUCAUCCUAACUGUGACCAUGCAUCUGCUCUUGCUGAAAGACAGCAGAGAUUAAAGAUUCUUGAAAGCCAGUUGGCCGAGUUGAGAUUAGAAUCUUCAUCAGUAGAAUCUCUUAAACCUAGUACCUCUCAGUUAAGAUCCCAUCAAAUACCUGAAGACUCUAUGAGAAGAAAUCAUAAUUGGUCAUAUUACUCUGUGCCUCAACAGAAUGUAGAAGGAACAAGCGAGAGCACUAUUAGUUAUCCUGUCUGUGAACCAGAAAUGGGAAGGUUCAACAUACAGUGUAGUGAACCAAAUAGUCAUGCUAGUGUUUCAGCUGCUGUAAGUGAAGAAUCUGUAGCAGGGGAUAGCGGUGUGUUUGAAGCAUCAGUAAAGAGGCUUCAAGUAGACAAACACAUAAAAGAGCAUAGUAUAGAAACAGCCCAAGUUCAGUUGAAACUAAGGUAUGCAAUAGAGGAUCAUUUGCUACAUGUAGGAAUUGAACGAGCAAGAAACCUUUCAGAACUGAACAUCCACGCAAACCACAAGAUUUGAGUACAACCCACACUC